UGGUACACCCAGUUUGAAGGGGAAGUUUAUUGUACGUGACUGAAUAUAUUUGUUGGCUUUAUCUGAUGAAAAAACCUUGAUCUGUCUCUAAGGAAGUUCAUCAAUAUUAUGCUAGUCUGUGUUUGAUAAUGAGGCGCUGAAAAAAAAAUCGCCUGUCAAUGCUGAAUUUCGUAUCGCUUUGGCGCGUUUCUGGUAAGCACAAGUGCUCGGCUGGUUAAGUUUCUCUUGCUUGACUGAAUCACUCGUCUAGAACGUGUUGACCUGUGUCUACUUUGUUGAAGUCAGACUUUUUAUUUUGUUGUGAUUCAGUAUGACCUUGCACCCGAUGUAGUCAUACACGAUGAGCCAGUCAAUAACAAGUUGAAAAUUCAAUCUUCCCGGCGUCCAGCGUCUUGGCCACUACACCGACUUCUUUGUCUGCCAAUGAGAGAGAAAGUGAGCCCCACAUGAGCUCGCUCUUGUUAAGCAGGCAGGCGCAGGAAUACAGAAGAUUAACGUAUCAGGAUCCGAACGUGACGACGAAAAGCCGCAGUCUUGAGAGGCUUGCCAUGGCGGCAGUAACUGCGGCUUUUUCCCCGCCUUGUGAACGACGAACAGGUCAGUGGGUAGCUGAACCAUCUGACCUCAGAAACGACACCGACGACGAAUUGCUCUCUGACCCCGGGAUUGAAGUAGAGGAUGAUGCAGAUGCUGACGGUGUGGAUAAUGAAUCAACUUAUAAGACAACAGGUGCUGGCAAACACAAUCUCUCUAAACCUUCUCCACGAAUGGACAGUUAUAGAUUGUCCAUGGCCAACUUAGAAUCCAGCCAAGAUGUAGAACUUGAUGCAAUAUUAGGAGAACUUUGUGCCCUAGGAUCCCAUUUUGAUAGAGAGAUGCACAGAGGCCAUGCUAGGAGUGUAUCAGGUGAUAAUGAUGGUUUGAGGUUGUCCAAUUCUGCUACAGAGGCAAGUCCAGAAAUUCACAGAGCUGCUCAACAAAUAUCUCGACAGUCUGGAAACAGCCAUUCUAGUUCUGGAGGAAGUAAAACAAAAUUUGAAAUUGGAGGACCUCAGGUAUAUGUAACGGAAAGAGAUGAGGGUAGUCGAGGUCAAAAACACGAAUUUGGACUUAGAACCGAUAGUCCAGAUAAUGACUCGGCUUUUUCAGAUAAUGUGUCAAUGCUGUCUUCAGAAUCAUCUGCUUCUUCAGGAGUUGGAGCAAACAGGAGUGAUGUAUCUAGUCAAAAUAUAUAUGGACGACCUGGUCAUGUACCACAAACUUCACAGUCAUCUCAGGAUGACCAAGCUCGCAUCAAAUCGGAAAAGAUCAAACUUGCCAUGGAGAAAAUUCAAGAAUCAAACAUCAAGAAGGUUUUCAUCAGAGCCUACACAGAUGAUGACAGUACAAAAAGCUUAUUAGUUGAUGAGAGAAUGAACAUUGCACAUGUAUGUCGACUUCUGGCUGAAAAAAAUCAUACUAAAAUGGAUCUUCAUUGGGCUGUUGUAGAACGUGAUUACGACUUGCAUUUAGAUCGUAUGUUUGAAGAUCACGAAAACUUGGUGGAAAACAUAUUAAUGUGGACCCAAGAUGCGACACAUAAAUUAUUGUUUCAAAAAAAGGAGGAAAAAUAUGAUGUUUUUGCAAAUCCUGAAGACUAUCUUCUUGGUUGUACAUCAUCACAGAAAGGUGCUGAAAUGGAUGAUGAAGGCAAAGCUACACUAAUUGAGGAGUUUUUCUCAGCAACUAGAAUAGCAGUUCCAGAAAUGGAAGGCAAUCUAUACUUAAAAAGUGAUGGAAAAAAAGCUUGGAAAAAGUACUUUUUUGUCCUGCGUGCAUCAGGCUUGUAUUAUAAUCCAAAAGGAAAGUCAAAGCUUUCUAAGGAUUUGGUGUGCCUUACUGGUUUUGAAGUAAACAACAUCUAUAAAGGCUUUGGUUGGAGAAAAAAAUACAAGGCCCCCACUGAUUUUUGCUUUGCAAUAAAGCAUCCAGAGAUUCAAGUAAAAUGUUGCAGGAGCAUCAAGUUUUUGUGUGCAGAAGACCUACGUACAUUAAAGCUCUGGAUGACUGGAAUACGGAUUGCCAAGUAUGGCCAUCAAAUGAAAGAAAAUUAUGAUAACGUAUUAAGAGACAUUGACGAAGAAGAUUUGGAUACGUUAGCCAAUGCACGUAGCUUUUCUGUCAGUUCUAUGGCAAAGACAUUGUCUAUUAACACUGGUGGAGUGGAAAUACUUGACCAACAGGAUCAUAGAGGCAUAGAACAGAAGAGUGUCUCUCGCUCAUUAUUAAAAAACCAUACUGAACUGAGGCAUAGUCAAGAUUCUGAUUUAGCAGCAAGUCACCCAUCUUUUGAUCGCAGCCAGAAACGAAGCUCAAUCAUUCGGCGAGACUCUAUCAAGUCUAGUGCCAGUAGUAGUAGUAGUGGUUGUUCCAGUGUAAGCACUCCUACAAACGACCAAAUAGCAUUUGAGGCAGAUUUUCCUGUUGGGACCAUUAAACGCAAGCCUAAUAUGGCUCCAAAGAUCCCUCUUACUAGUACAACACGUACAAUAGCAAAACAAUCUAUGUCUGAUGACUCUCGUAAUAAUGUUGUCAAUUUAGAUACAGUGCAAGAAAGCAACAAAGACAUCAAUGCAACAGCAAACAGCAACACUCUGGGUCGAAACUCUGUGACUCGAUUAAGCUUGCGACGAUCUCAUACAGAAGAUAAAAUUAAUGUAAAUGGUGUAGCAAAGAUUUUUCAGAGAAAACAUUCCGUUGACUCAGGAACCUUAACAAGGCAGAUAGAAGAACUUCAUGCAAUUGGUAAUGGCACUUCAAAUAUUGAAACUGCUUCUACAGAUAGUCGCACAGUAACACCAGUUAAUAGUGUCGGUGAUGUUGAUGACCUUCCACUCCCUCCCCCACCUCCAGAACUUGAAACUAGUGAAGAAAUAUUCCACAGGGGUAUGCUACCACCCCCUCCUCCAGAAGCUUUUAGUAGUACCCUUAGUUUGGACUCUUUACCACCACCACCUCCAUCCCUUCAAUUAGAUGAUCAGUCUAGUUGGCCUAGCACUUCUAGCUUAAACUCCUUGCCCCCUCUACCAAAUGAAGUUACACAUAGUCCAAAAAAAUCAGAGGAAAACAGGUCGUUGCAAUGGAAUUCAUGUAUAGCAAAUCAGAAUGAAAUUAAGACACCACAGAAUGCACCAGUUGUGCCUCCUAAACCUAAAAAACAAGGAAGAGAACGUAGGUUAUCAGAAGCUGAUAGUCCAUCCAGUUUUUCAUCCCAAUUAUUGACAGACAGAAAACAAAGUCAGAGCAAUACAUCUCCUCGGUCAGCCCAGAAACCACAGCAGAAAAUGGAUUCUUCUUCAAUCAAUUGUUAUGGAACUUCACCAAGAUCAGGAGCUCAACAUAAGUCUCCAGAGCAUCCGAAAAGUCCAAAGCAUGGAUCUCUAAAGAGAGGUAUAUCUUUUUCUCAGUCACCAACUGAAAGUAACCGCAUUGUUCACUUUGCAGUGGCUUCCAGCCCUAGCUCACCACAAUUCUCGACUUCAGAUGCUACCACACCUAACAUCUAUCAAAAACCAAAUCCUCCCAAAAGAAAUGAGACUACAAAACUAUCACAUCGAACCCACGUUCUGCAUAACUCUUCUUCCGGCAGUAGCUGUAGUGAGCAAGAACAUCAGCAGUCAAAUGCCAUUCCUCCUGAGUUCUUUCUACGUGACCUUCAUCGAGUUAUGGAGAAGAAAUGGAAAGUUGCACAGCAGCUAUCAGUUGAUCUCACAGCAACACCUCACCAAAUAAUGGGUUUCAGAGACCCAUGUUUCUUACCUCCAGAAGGAUCAGUUCUUACUCACUCUGCACUUCAUUCUCCUCCUACAUCCAAUUCAACUGAUUACCAUUCAAAACACCGCCAUCAUCAUCACUCACAGAAAUCAUUAGAUGGACAUUCAAAACAAACAACCCAGGCAAAAAAGAAACCACCCCCACCUCCACCUAAACGAAGUGAAACCACACAUCUCACAGUGAAUAUUACUUAGAACUAUUUGAAGCAUGCUAGUUGUUUACUAGAAUGGACCUGGUUGUUUUAUGUGUUGUAGCAUAAUGCUGCUGGAAAACAUAAGAUUUGUUUUAAAAGGGGGGGAACUGUCUGUGAAAGAUCGGACUUCUAGAUGGUGCUAUGACAAUUACUACAAGUUGUUUGACAGACUAGUAGUCUCAUGAAAAAGUUGAAAAAUAUAAGAAAUUUUAGGGGAAACUUCUGUUGUUAUAUGGGUUCCAAGGAAUGUAAUGAAAAAGGCAAUUCAGACAAACUUUGGAUAAUUGAGAUAAGAAUAUUCAAAAAGUAGCUAUUUCUGAUUCUUUUAAGUAUGUAGUUCUAUCUUACAGAAUUAUUAUAGCAUUACUAUUUCAUUAUAAAAAUACCAUUUAUGUGUUUAUUAUAUUUUUGUUUUGGAACAUAGGAUUGAUUUAAAGAGAGCAUCGAGUUACACAUAAAAAUUAUAAACAUUUGUAUAUCUAAACACAGACACUACAGGAAGCAUACAAAUCGAAUUGAGUAGGUUAUAAUGCUUUAUUUCAGUCCACAUGGUGAUGCAACUGUUAAUUUAUUGGUAAAGAAAACACCUGUGUAUUUUCUGUACUUAUUUAUCAGGAAGUUGUCCUAGUAUCCAAAGAAUCAUUUCAAAUUAAUAUCUUUAAGGGUUUCAGUUUUGCAUUGGAAGAGAUUUUGGUCAGUUAAUUGAUUUGAAAAUUAUUGUUUAUCAUACUCUGCAUGUUAAAAUAUUAUGAACAUUAUAAAAAUUUUAUUACUUUUUUUUAUUAUUUGUUUUGCCACAAGGUACAAGAUAAGUUCUUUCAUAUUAAUCAAUUUAGUUAUUUUUAAAAUUUGUAAUAUAAAAAUAAAAAGAUUGAAGUAAGUAAAAGGGAUAGUUAUAAUGUUAUAUACUCAGAACUUCAAUAGUUUAUAUACAAGUUUUUGUGUUCUACCAUUAUCUUUCACUCAAGAUUAAAGAUGAUCUACACCCUAACAAGUAAAUGCACGUGUUCCUUGAACAGCCUGAUUACUACCAGUGUUUGUCAAAAAUUACUUGUGCUACAAGACAUUCUCGAUCUCUACAGGUUAAGGUAAUAUAUUAUUAUUCCGUUAAUUACAAGGAGAUUUAUCAUUAACUUCUUUCUUGGAGACUCUGUAUUUGUGUUGUUUAGCAACAUCUUCACAGAAAAUGGUUGAAGAACAAUAUAUGGACAGCAGUGAAAUGUCUGAAACUAAACUAAACCACUACUGUUCAUUCAUUACAGAUAGAGCGAACAAGACUAAGUUGGAGCAUGUGUGACUAGGGUUGUAAAAGUUAACUUGCAUAAAAUCAUCUGGUGAAUGAAUGCAUCAGGUGAUAAUAGUAUGUGUAAACCAUCUGUUUAAGCUUGGCACGAUCAUCCAAAGAAAACUCAUCCAAGAAGAAUAAAAUUAUCUGGUCAGAGCUUUGUGCAGUGGAUAUCCUCUAAUACAAUAUAAAGUAGUAUGUGUGUGUGUGCGUUUUUCUUGUUGAGAUAAUGAUGCUUAAUAUUUUUGCUUCUAUUUGAAAACUACACAGUUUGUAUAAUGUUUACUGUACACUUUACUGAUGUCUUGAGAAAAGCUUAAUCCUUCCAUUAUAAAAUUUGUCUGUUUAGAUAAUUUUAAUUUUACUGUUCUUCACUAUAUAGCAUUCUUAUUUUUUUUCUGUUUAUAAUGACCAUUAAUUUAUUUUCUGCAGUAAGUAAACCACAUUCCACAAAACUUUCAUGGAACUUUUUUAACAGUUUAUUAAUUUGAUAAUUGUAUUCAAGUUCCACAGAAUUUGAAAGAUGUUUUCAAGAGAUAUUACAAUAAAAAAAUCAAGGUUUUCUUUGAACUAGAAGCAGUUUUGUACUAAACCUGUAAUACUGUUUAUAUAUAUACUCUCAGUUGUUAUACACCUUCCUGCUUCAUCAGAAUUUCCCUGUUUACAGUUAUUUAUAUAUUAACACACCCCCCCCCCCCUUCUAAUUUUCUAUGUUGAGUUACUAUCCAUAUUCUAAAUCUAGAAAUUAUUGAAGUUACUCCAGAGUAAAAUGUCAAGUUUCCAAUGUGGAUCGUUGGGUUAAGGUACUAUACAAAGAUAAUAAUACAGAUUUAAAUAUAACAUAAAUAUCUAUUACUUGGAACUAACUUCAAAGGGAUGGAAGUAUUUGUUAUUAUUUUAGUUACAAGACCAUAUUUUUAAAUUAUAAUUCAAUUAGGCUAUGUUAGGAUAAUUUUUUUAUUUUUUUUUAUUGGACUUAGAUCACUCAAGAUGAGAAGGCUCCUAGUUUUAGAAGGUGUUUUGCUUUCUUAUAGUCAAUUUUGUGCUGUUUUAUUAUUGUUUUUUUUUUUUAUCAACAUUUUCAUAUGAAUAUUUUGUUUUUUAAAAUUAUGGUUGCCUAUUGCUAGGUUAAAAGAUAUUUAUUCAAAAUAUACAAAAGUAUGUUGAUAUUCUCAAUGAUAUCUAUACCAGAUAAUUCCCUCCUUUAAAAAAUAACAACAGUUUGAUUGUAUUCAGCUCUGCAACUUAAAAACAAAAUGCAUUUAGGUGGUAUUAACCCUAAUUAUUUAACACAUCAUUAGGUAUAAAAACCUUAGAAGUGAGUGACUUUUAUGUUAUUGAAUUAUAUAUAAUACACCUAACAACUGGUUUACAGUGAAGAAUUUAGAAACUAGCUUAAGUAUUUUGUAGUUGGGAUAGUUUCUUGUCACAAAGAUGAAAAGUAUGCGCAGAUUGUAUUCUACUUGUAAUUCAUAUGUAUAGUAUUGUAGAUAUUAUAAAUAAUUGUUUAGAAAGCUUUCUGUGAAAAUAGCCAUAUUCAUUAACAAAAACCUUUCAUGUUAUAAAUAAUAUGUUGAUGUCUAGAAAUCCACACCAACUUGCAUCCCUUUUCUUUGUGGUUUAAGACACGCCAGGUUCUAACACAAGAAUAUUUGUGUUCAUGAAGCAGCUGAGUGAAUGUAUGGUGUCUAAAUGUGAAUAACAAUAAAAAAAGUUUAAACAUUU